GGUAUUCUUCGGCGAGUGAUGCGGCAUGAGUAACAUACCACCAUGGUCCCUUGGCACCAUGUACGCCGAGCUUUGGCCAGUAUUCAUCGGCCCCGAGCUCCAGAGACAACGAACAGAUCUCACCUAACACGCAACCACAACUACCGUACCUCACCAUUGAUCAACCCACCACGACUCUACGGACAUCGCAACAAUCUCUACCACAAAAUGUCUUUCAACAGAAACCUCAAAGACCAGCGCCGCAUGGAGCUCGCAAUCCCAUACAUUGCGCCCGAGACCAAGAUUGAAGAACAGUCGAUGUCCGACACGUUGAGCACUGCUCUUCCUAUGGCCGCGAUGUUCACCCGCCACCGCAUGAUCGGCUGGGGCGCUGUUGUCUUCGCGAUCCAGAGUUGGCUGAACGAGACACCGGCGCAGCUUGCGGGCGGAAAGCAGCCUGCAUACUUUGGUGUUGGAAUGGCGUUCAUGAGUUUGUUGAUCACGUACAUGCCGAUUUUCUUCCCUGUGCCGGUGAAGAUGGAUGCUACCGGCACUGCGCCGGCGGCGCCUGUGGCGCAAUAGAUGGCAUGGGAAGCAUGUAGGAUGGUGUAUGAUGUUGUAUGAUAAUUAAUGCGUAAUAAUAACGAUAAGGAU